UUAGGUCGAACUCACUUCCCCCCACCCUUUUUCACGCGGUUCGGACAAACUCUCUCUCUCUCUCUCUCUCUCCUCGCUGACCAGAAACGCUUAUCCCCAAACGCCACACCCGAUUGGACGGAAUUUAUAAAUAUCUCUGCACUCUUCCUCACAUGGAAGAAAACUAAAAAAAUUAAUUUCCACAACACACCCACUUGCCGACACUUUUCACCUCCCCAUACAACAAAUAUACAGAGAAAGAAAGAAAGGAACAAACAAACAAGAAAGAUAAAAGACUCCAAUAAUUCACUACCCCCAUAACCCAUCUCUUUCCUUUCUCUCUCUACCUCAUCUUCUCCCCACUCUCUCUCUCUCUCUCUCCCUAUCUAGUCUCUCUCCAAGGGUCGUCGCGUUGCAGGAGAGGAAGAGUUGAAUCUGACCAAGAAAGAACAAGGAGGAGGCUACGGGCUUUGAAUUACUUAGAAAUUUUACUUUUUUCUAGUGAUCUAGCACUGAUAGUUAGUUGGAGUUGGUAGUGUCCUCCUUGAAUUCCCUUAGGGUUUCUUCCAAGGUUGUGCUUAUUCCGGGGAAGGAUGAUAAUGUUUGACGAAAUGGGUUUUUGUGGUGAUCUUGAUUUCUUUUCGGCCCCACUUGGGGAGGGUGGAGAUAUGGCUGCCCCCACUCAAAAUGAAUCGGAGGCGAUCGUGGAAGAUGAUGAUUACAGUGAUGAGGAAAUCGACGUGGAUGAGCUUGAGAGGAGGAUGUGGAGGGACAAAAUGCGUCUGAAGCGGCUCAAGGAAAUGAAUAAAGGCAAGGAAUGUGUUGAUGCUGCCAAGCAACGCCAGUCCCAGGAGCAAGCGAGGAGAAAGAAGAUGUCAAGGGCUCAAGAUGGGAUUCUAAAGUACAUGUUGAAGAUGAUGGAAGUUUGUAAAGCUCAGGGUUUUGUGUAUGGUAUUAUUCCAGAGAAGGGAAAACCAGUGAGUGGUGCAUCUGACAAUCUUCGUGAGUGGUGGAAGGAUAAAGUGAGAUUUGAUCGCAAUGGCCCUGCUGCGAUCGCGAAAUACCAGGCGGACCAUUCGAUCCCCGGUAAGACAGAGGGGUCGAAUCCGGUGGGUCCAACCCCUCACACUUUGCAAGAGCUUCAGGACACCACCCUUGGUUCGCUGCUUUCAGCUCUCAUGCAGCACUGCGAUCCCCCACAGAGGCGGUUUCCUUUAGAGAAGGGCGUUCCCCCUCCGUGGUGGCCUACUGGGAAUGAGGAGUGGUGGCCUCAGUUGGGUUUGCAAAAGGACCAAGGCCCUCCUCCUUACAAGAAGCCUCAUGACUUGAAAAAGGCGUGGAAGGUGGGUGUUUUAACCGCUGUUAUCAAACACAUGUCCCCUGAUAUUGCCAAGAUUCGCAAGCUCGUCAGGCAGUCUAAGUGCUUGCAAGACAAGAUGACUGCCAAGGAGAGUGCUACAUGGCUUGCCAUUAUAAAUCAGGAGGAAUCAUUGGCGCGUGAACUUUACCCUGACAGGUGUCCCCCUUUGAUGUCCAGUGGUAGUGGCUCUUUCGUAAUAAAUGAUUGCAGUGAGUAUGAUGUCGAAGGGGUUGAAGACGACCAAAAUUUUGAUGUCCAGGAGCAGAAACCCAAUAGUAUUGAUUUGUUGAACAUGGGUAUAGGCCCAAUAGGACGGAUUAAUGAUAGUUUUCAUCCAAUCAAGGAUGAAGUUGUCACCAACUUGGAUUUCACCAGGAAGAGGAAGCCAAACAAUGAACUGAACAAUGUCAUGGAUCACAAGGUUUACACAUGUGAGGUCCUUAAUUGUCCGCAUGGUGAUCUCCGCCAUGGUUUCCAUGACAGGUCUAUGAGAGACAAUCAUCAGUUGAAUUGCCCCUAUAGAAGCAAUUCUUCAGAUUUUGGGUUUUCAAGCUUCCGUAGUAAUGAAGUCAAGCCGAUUGUUUUCCCUCAGGCUUUUGUGAAUCCCAAGCCAGCUGCUCCUGUACCGGUUAACUCGGUCCAACCUUCUUUUGAUCUAUCAGGACUUGGUGUUCCAGAAGAUGGGCAGAAAAUGAUCAGUGAGCUUAUGUCAUUCUAUGAUACUAAUAUCCAAGGAAACAAACAGUCAAAUCCUAUGAGCAUCUCAGUUUCCAAAGAUCAGAAUAUGUCGCACUCUCUUCAGCAACCAAACAUUCAGUGUCAACAGGAGAACAACUACAUCCAUGGUCAAGGGGUUGUGAUGGAGGGUAAUAUUUUUGAAGAAGCUAACUUACCCAUAAAUCGCUCGAUGUUUUCACAACAGGAAAGUCGCUUUGACCAGUGCAAGGUUUUGAAUCCUUCGUUUGAGGCCAACCCAAACGACAACUUUCAAAUGAUGUAUGGAUCUCCGUUCAAUUUUUCAUCGGUUGAUUACCCAGAGCACUUGCAUGUUGCAGCAAGGGAUGCCCUCCCGAAGCCAGACGUCUCAAUCUGGUACUAGCAAAGAAGAUUGUGAAGAAAUCAAAGUCCUAAGUAAGCAUCCUUGAAGAUUCAUCCUAUGGAGCUCUUUAUUCUCAAAAAGUGGAGAUCAAGUGCAAUUUUUCGCUGGCCAAAAUUAUCUUUAAUCAUGGUACUUUGCUUACUAAAUAGUGUAGAGUUUGUCAAGUAGUAGCAGUUCCAGAAUUGAGGUGAUAAGCAAGUGGGAUUUGUCCCCGGGUUGGACCCUGCUGUUGAAAUGUUUCUAGAGUACUUGAUUUGUCAUAUAAAUAAGUUAGGUGCUUUUUGUUUUCUAUAAUACAGCUGAACAAUAUGGUUAGGUUGGAAUCUUAUUGUGGUGGUAUUGGUGUUUAUGUUUUUGGGUUAUGUUCAAUGACUAAACAGUUGUUUGUUUCUUAAUACAUCUGGUUUGUUACUACUA